UUAUUUUCUCUAUGGUUUCUGUCCACCUUUCCUUAUUUCCAAGUAUAGAUAAGUUUUGAUUUCAGAUGAAUUUUGCUCCUGAACUUCGUACUCAUGCUCAAAAAGUUUGUAGUUUUUAUAAAAGAGCGUUACGAAACUUAGAAUCCUACUAUGUAGCAAGAUUUGUUGUUCGCUAUCAUCAAGUGCUUUUGAGAAACGAAUUCGACAAGAAUCAAUGCAUUACGGAUCCAAAAGAGCAGCGCCGUUUGCUUUGGCUGGGAGAGCACGAGUUGUUCUUGAAAAAGAACCCUUUCCAGUGUGCAAAGUUUGCUAAAUCUUAUGGCAUUGCCGGUGGGGUAGCUGUUGAACGUGAGGUAGAUCCACCUGACUGGGUGUUGGACUACUGGCAUCCCUUGGAAAAGGCCCGCUAUCCUAGCUAUUUUGCUUGCAGAGAACAUCGCAAGAAUGAUUACAUAAAGCACUGGAAUGAUGAUAGUCUUCUUUGAACUUAAUUAAAACACAAAGUAUUAAAUUCUA